GCUUAUGCUAUCAGUUCGAGUCAGGCUCCGAGGACGGACUGGCGGCGAUACAUGACACACAUCGGGGGAUUUUUUUUUCCGCCACCAAAACCGAGAACCAAAAGCGGGUUACAACGCGGUAGGGAUUUCUUUGUCACGGUGGUAACGUUGACGCGGAAUAUUCGAGUGGAACCUCGCAGCGACCUUAAUGUAAGGUCAAAGCCCUAAAGCAACGGGUCACCGACGGGGAGGAGCGACUCGGAGAAAAUCAUCUGGUGGUAGAAGCAGCAGAAGCACUGUUUUUAUUUUUUAUUCAGUCCCUGAAUACCGACUUGAGCCAAGACGCUAUCUUGCACGCACGCCAUGGAGGCCAUUGCCAAAUACGAUUUUAAAGCUACUGCUGAAGAUGAGCUUAGCUUUCAGCGAGGAGAUGUCCUUAAGGUAUUAAAUGAAGAGUGUGAUCAGAACUGGUACAAGGCAGAGCUACAAGGAAAAGAUGGCUUCAUUCCUAAGAAUUACAUAGAGAUGAAAGCCCAUCCAUGGUUUUUUGGGAAGAUCCCACGUGCCAAAGCAGAGGAGAUGCUCAACAAACAAAGGCACGAUGGCGCUUUCCUCAUCAGAGAGAGCGAGAGUGCACCGGGCGACUUCUCCCUCUCCGUUAAGUUUGGGAACGACGUUCAACACUUCAAGGUUCUCCGUGAUGGCGCCGGAAAGUAUUUUCUUUGGGUGGUGAAGUUUACCUCACUCAAUGAGCUGGUGGAUUACCAUCGCUCUACCUCUGUCUCCCGUAACCAGCAGAUCUUUUUGCGAGACAUCGAGCAGGUCCAUCAGCAUCCCACAUACGUGCAGGCGCUCUUUGACUUCGACCCACAGGAGGAAGGCGAAUUGGGAUUCCGGCGCGGCGACUUCAUCCAAGUCCUGGACAACUCUGACCCCAACUGGUGGAAAGGCGGUUGCCACGGUCAAACGGGCAUGUUCCCGCGCAACUAUGUCACGCCGGUCAAUCGGAACAUGUGAAAAGAAAAAAAAUCCCUCCGACAGCCACCAUCACCACCACCACCAUCAUCAUCAUCAUCAUCAUUCUAGAUUACAUCAGUCCCUCCACACACUCAUCUGAUCCCUGAACCACCCCUUCUCCUUCCUCUUUGCCAACCCCACCAGUAUCAGGAGCAGAGAGGAAGAACGCAAACAAGUAAAAGUGAGAGAGAGAGAUAAGACAGGAGCGCUGUCCUAAGCGGCGCUUUGUGGUGGGUGGCAGCUGAGCAAAAUCCACCGAGACUGUGAACGCCACGCUGAGGAUCGGAAGCGCCUCAGAGUCAAAGAGUGAACCAAAUGAUUCGACUCCCGCAGCUGCUUCUGUCUUCUCCUUAACUUCUUAACAUUCUGCCGCCUUGUGUUUGCCGCAUGUUCUUUUAUCAGCCACAUCUGUUUUAAAGGAAAAACGAAAGAAAAAUAUUUAAAAAAAAAAAAAAAAAAAAGAUUGUUUUUAAGAAGAAAAAAAAACUGAUGCCAUAUACAGCAAGUUUCCAUGCCUACAAUGAUUGGCUCGUAAGCAUCGUACAUCAGCCGCGGCUGUAUAAAUAAAUCAACUAUAGAGAGAAUCCAUUUUUUAAGAAUAUAUAUUAUAUAUUUGUAUGUGUUUGUCUGUAUUACCUCUCAUCGCAAGUUUGUAAAUUAUGUUCAGUGGUUUUUUUCAUCCGGGUAAGACCUAGUAGCUCUAGAAUGUGCUGAAUUGUCCUUCAAGUUUCGGAUAACACGUGAAAGAAAGCAUGAUAUCUCCUCUUGUUCCUUUUGUAAGGGAUGUCCACUUAGCAUCGGGAGAAGAAACCAGUCGUGCCGGGACGCUCCUGUCGUUGAACGGCAAGCGUCCGCGGCCGUUAUUGCAAGCCAUGUAUGAUGUCAGCCACUUUUUCCCCCCCAGAGGCAAUGUAUUUGUCACAGCCAUUUGAAUGUAGCUGACACAGUCCGCAGACUUAAGCAUGAGGGAAUCUACACGGCCGCGCAAUGGAAUACGCGCUUUAAUGUUAUCCACGUUUGUUCGUCACAUGUUAACGUACAGCUAGUUAAUGCGCAUAAUUUGCUAAAAUGCUCUCCUCGGCCUACGUGCGCACAGAAUGGAAGUUGAGAUAGGAUAAUGGCGUGUAAUCGCCAGUCUGCAACUGGCAUACACGGACACUUCCCAAAACCGAGAGAUUGUCAUUUUUCAUUGUUCAGAUGUCAGAUCAGCUUAAAUGAUAUUAAAAAAAUUUCUUUUCAAUUUUUAUCAAAUGUGUUGUCGAGCACUUUUUGGUUUUGUUGUUGUUGUUUUUUGUUUCAUUUUUUUUGGUCAAAGAUUUCGAUAUCCGUUCUGGUCCAGUCUGUCCGUGUGUUUUUGUUGGUUUCUUGCUCUCUGGAUAGUGCCUUUCUCUCUGGUGUUUAAGCGUCUCCGAUUUGUUCCCUUUUUACCGGGCCUGCCAGUCCUGAAGUGAGAAACAAUGUACAUAAUCUGACCUGUCCCGCAACCCUCUCCCACAUCAACUCGCCUUCACCUUAGCCCCCACCUACAUGGAACUCUUAUUUAAGUGUCUCUCGCCUUGUCUUACCCAAUGAUACUGUUUCGGUUUUUUCCAAUUUUUGUUUUCAAUUAAUAAAAUGAAAUUAUUAAAAAACAAAAAAUGGUUCGGCGUGUAUUUUUGAAUUUGUGGGGCUGAUCCACAGGGUUUUUAUUGCAUCGGAAGCACUGACCUAAUUUAGAUAUUAAUAUUAAAAAAAAAUUUGUGAUCCUCGCUACUUCGCGAUUCAAACUUAAACCCUCAGUCCAUCACAGAUUGUUUUCAAUUAGACAUAUUUUUAAAUAAAAUCAUGUGUUUGAUCAAUACACAUGUAUACAUUUGCAAAUCAUUGUUUUAUAUAUAUAUAUAUGUGCUGUCAAGCGUUUAAAAUAUUUGAUCGCGAUUAAUCGCACAUUGAUCGCAACUUUUUAUCUAUUAUAAAUGUCCCUUGAAUUUAAUACUCUUAUCAACAUGGAAAAGUGGAUAGGCUUGCUUUGUGCAUUUUUUUUUUUUUAUUGAAAACAAUCUGUAGUGUUAUUAUUUGCAGUACCAUUUUCACUUUGAGCAGUCAUUCACAUUUCAAGCCAUAUCUCACACAAGUCCACACGUACCUGCAAUAAUAUAAAGAAGCUCUUCAGUGUUGUUAGUCACAUAGAACUCACUCACCUCACACACAGAUAGCCCACACCGGUAUCAGUAGUUACAGUAGUAUACGGGGAGAGAGGAGGGAUAUGUCUCUGUGUCUGUCUGUCUCUCCCACACACACAUUAGCAUUACUGUUCUGAAACAUAUCUACUUUGAUUAUUAAAUUAACAGAUAGGCACAUGACAUGGACAAACUAUGAGUUACCUGCACUGCUCCAACGCAGCUUUCAGCUUCCUCAUUUUUUCCAGCUCGGUAGCUGUUGGCUGCAGCAAUCAAGUUGCAUGCACUAUCAGUGGUCAGUGAGACCACUUUGUGUUCAAUGUUCCAGUCUUUGGCUACUUGCAUGAAAUGCGCUGCGACAACGUCGCUGAAGUGCCUCUCUUCGGUCUUCGUAACAGUCAAAGCAUGCGACUGAAGUUCCCACAGUGGGUCGAAAUAAUGUGUUGUGACCCCGUGGUAGUUGUCAUUACUGAGGGAUGUCCAGUAAUCUCCAGUAAGCGCGACUGUGUUUGUCUGCUCCAACGCGUGCUGUACCUUGGACUUCUCCGUGAACUUUCCGUUCAGAAUUGUUUUCGUUUCCAUUUCGUUUCACUCAAACAGCCUACUCUUUCACAGCGAGCGAGCAGGCAAGAUCAAGCACAUGCGCGGGGCGUGCCUAUUGUUUUGUUUCCGGGUUACAACUUUUUUUCUCACGUUGCAACCAGUGGCCACAGUUGAUAAAAACUAUAAGUCCACUUGGUCACAAUGAACGUUAAUCUCGCGAUAAAAAAAAUGAGACCGUUAAAAUUGAUUUUCGUAA